UAUUUUUUUUACUUGUAGAGUUUGGCAGGAUCCGUCCGCCAUCCACCGAGGUCCGUACCGCAGAGCUCUUCCCGCGCUAGCGCACUAGUAAUAAACAUUAGUUUAGGUGAAUGACAUAAUCUACCCACAUCGCCUUCAUGCAUACCAUACCGGUGCUUGUGAUAUCGAUAGUCGAAUAGUCACCAGUUCAGCAGUAACUGUUGUAUUUUGUUCUAUCCCAGGCCAAGGACCGGUACCCGAGCAUCGAUAGACCCAGCAAGAGGAUGACCACGGUAUUGUCUAUUGAUGACUCAAGUGUGUGAACAGCUAGCUAGCUGCUUGGUGUUUUUCAUAUUUUUCGCAUGUUCGGUGUGGACAAACUGAUGAUAAGCAAUUGAGUACUGUACUGUAGUUAGUUUCGACGCGAGUCAAGCCCGGGGCGCGUGGCGCCUGUCGGAAGAUCGUUUUCGUUUGCAAUGUGAAACAUCGGAGAAUGUUGGCUUCUGUACCGUGGUCUGUAGCACUUGAAGAUGAAACAACGCGAUAGUCAGCAGGCAAAGCGGCGAUGCUCGCAAUGGUACGAGCAGAACCUGAAGAAGCGCGAGUGCAAGACGUUCAUCUCGAACACUGGCAUUCGCACCUCACUCUCUUGUCAGUGUGGUCUGAAGCGUACUGACCAUGUGGCAGGCUACGAAACUGCCAAUCAUCGAAACAUGACUUGGUUACCGCACGAACACACUCGGGAGGUACCCACCGAUGCCGCUGGCUUUGUUCAGUUCACCGGUGAAGCUUCUAGUGCACCAUCAUCCACAAGCUAUUAUGCACGGGUGUCUGCGAGCACCAGCGAUGCAGUGCUGCUGGAUCUGUUGCUGAAUCGCUGGCAGUUGCCACAGCCGGAUAUCAUCAUAUCGGUGACCGGAGGAGCUCGCACCAAUGACCUCUCCGAGGAUAUGCGAAAUCGCUUUCGAAAAGGGUUGGUGAAGGUUGGUAUGGCCAGCAAUGCAUGGCUUGUGUCCGGUGGUACCAACACUGGAGUAAUGAAGCUGGUUGGCGACGUGGUGCAAGAGCACACCGUACACCGUGCAAAGUCACAUGCCUCGUCGCGCAACCUGUGCGCCAUUGGCUUUGCAACGUGGGGCACUCUCGAGGACCGUGAAUCGCUGGUGCAGCAGCCACUCUCAGCAUACCCUGUGAGGUACACAGCCUCAUCCAGCAGAGCUCUGAACCCGCACCACACACACUUUCUCCUCGUCGACAAUGGCUCCACUGGCUCGUACGGCGUGGAAAUUCAACUGCGCGCUCGUCUGGAGAAGGCCAUGUCAAAAUGUCGGCUGGAAGGAGCUAACGGCAAUGCCAGCAAGAUCAGUGUGGUGGUGCUGGCCGUGGAAGGAGGCCCGAACACGCUGAGAACAAUCCGGCAGGCCGUGUCGAAAGGUCUUCCAGCAGUGCUCAUCCAGGGUACCGGCCGAGCCACAGACUUGCUGAUACACGCCUACAACAACUCCUGUCAAGUGAGCGGACGGAACGGAAUAUUUCAGCAAGUUCCACCAAAACUGCUGCCUGAACUCAGGGAGAAAAUCUCCUCAGCAUUCCGACUGUCAGGCAUUGGGAGCCGCGAGAAGCAGCUGCAUCGCUGUGAAGCUGAGAUACAAGAAUGUCUGAAGAAUAAAGAUAUGUUGCACAUAGUCAAUCUGAUGGGAGGCGAGGAGGAAGAUCAUCUGGACUAUGCUAUUCUCAAAGCCUUACUCACAGUUAAUGCUGGAUCAGCUGUGGAGCAACUUCACAUGGCACUGACAUGGAACAGGCCUGACUUUGCCGAAAAGGAAGUGUUUGACAAGAUUCCGGCGUGGAGACCCGGCCUGUUGGAUAGUGUACUGAUGCGAGCGCUGGUCGAAGGAAAGGUUGAAUUUGUCAAACUCCUUAUCCAGAGCAAGGCAGUGUGUCUGGAGAAGUUUGCAAAGCAGGACACUGUUCUCUCUCUGUACAAUUCGUUUUCUUCUGUUGUUACCCUUAGGGUGAUGUUCUUGAACUACAACAAGACUCCAGGCAGUGAGAUGAGCCUGCGCGACCUGACGCAAAUCAUUGCUCGACUGGUGGGAUAUGACUUCUCCCUCUGGUACGAGCUGCAUCCGGAAGAGUCCCAACCGAUGCCAGCACCAGGCAGAAACAGACCGGAUGGCCUGGUGAAUCUGGGAGAGAGCAUGCUUGGCCCAAUGUACGACGACAGUAUCGACAGUGAUCUUCUACGGUCCGGUGACAUUGCCACUGCCCUGCGCGGUGACAUUGCCACUGCCCUGCGCAGGGCAGACUCUGGCAAGCCAGAGAACCCGAUCAAUCCAUUAUCCGCCAAUCGAGAAGCCAAGAAUAUGCUAGUAAAUCAUCCAUCAACAGACACGAGCAGACCCACUACGACACAUCCUGCGCAGGGGAAGCGUCUCAGUAUAGAUGAUCAAGCUCGCGUUGUCGUGAAACAUGGAAACCUCCCAGCAAGAGUGUCCACACCGGGAGGUCUCUCUGUGGUAUCAGGACAUAUUGAGUCGCUGUCUUCGGAUCGCCUACCUCCGCUUGGAGCAACUGGUGGUCGCCUUCCCCCUGUGGGUAGGGCAGCGGAACGUCUUCCGACCAUCAAUGUUAAGGGUACUCCCCUAACUGGGGCUGCACCUGAUCAUAAGGGGAGUCCGCAAACCAGGCCUGCGCCUAACCCCAUGGGGAAUCCUCUAACCGGGUCACUGAAUAGCAGUGGUGAGGGGAUUCCCCUAACUAGGCCCGUGCCCAGCCAUGACAAGGUAAGCUCACUAUCAGCGCCUGUCUCUGGACAUAGAGCUAGUGCUCUAGCUGGUCAGUCUGUGCGUUCCAGUAAGACCUCAAGUACUGGACUGGCUGCUGGUGUUGGCCGUGAGCAUAGCACUUCAGGGACUGGACUGGCCAUGGGCCAUGAGCGUCGAAUCUCAGGUGCUGGUGUCAGUGCUGGCAAACAAUUGCCAAAACCUAAGAAACCAUCCAGAAAAUUUUCAUCCGUCGUAAGACUUGCACAUGCAAACAGUGUUAUGUCUCGAGCCGACACAAUUACCGAUGAAUAUUUGAAUGAGGCCUGUUUCAGUGACUAUGAUGAAGUUGAUGCUGUGUGUAACAUGAGCGACAGGCCCACUGACACGGUUGAAGCAUCGGAACAAUGGAAAGAGACGUGGAAAACAUCCUGUAACCAUCUCUUUCUCUGGUCCAUUAUUACCGGGCAGAAGUGCGUGAGUGAGGUGCUCUGGCCCUACACCUCGGAACCAAUGGCUGCUGCUCUGAUGGCGUGUAAGCUGCUCCGUACCCUUGCCGAGUUGCUUGCCAAAGAGCAGACCUACGAUGAGGAGAAGAACGAGCUCAUGGCCUCAGCAGAGCGUUUCGAAGCACUAGCCAUGGGAGUUCUGACGGAGUGCAACAGGCGCGAUGACUUCAGUGCCCAGCGCGUGGUGCGGCGCAUCCUGCCGUUCUGGGGCAGCACGACGUGCCUGGCGCUUGCGGACGGCAGCGACUCUCAGCGCUUCGUGUCGCACAACGCCUGCCAGGCGCUGCUGAACAAGGUGUGGAUGGGACGACUGCAGGCACAGAACACCUCCCUGUCGAUUUGCCUGUGCGUAUUGGUACCAGCAUUCAUACCAUUCGCACUUUCCUACGCUCAAUACUCCAAAGAAGACACUGAACGUCUGAGCAAUGAUGAUGCCGGUGUGGACGAUAACGCCAGCUUGGCACCAUCCCUCAAUGAGCUGGCGUUCAUACGUCCACUCUCGCCCACGCAGCAGGAAAUGUUCAACCGAGAAGAGCACCUGGAGGGUGUCAGUAUCCAGCGUACCGUUGUGCAAGGCCUCCUGUCCCUGCAAGACAUGGCCCGCCGCCAUAUACCGACUCUGGAGUCAACUACACCGCCAGCCCACAGAGCCACGGACAACCCUAUGAUUAUCAAAGAAGAAGACUGUGAAGACGGCAUUUCCGGAUCACCGCCACCACCAACAGGGCACGGUAUAGAUGUUCCAGACACAGGUAAAAAGCGUGCAGUGUCGGUAUUGAUCGAUGAACCAGUUGAUGGAAACACUGAUGGAGAUAGUGACCAAGUGUACAAGCUCAAUACGGCCACAAAGAAGGCUCCCGCGAGGAAAUACUACAAACUGGGGAUUUCCCAGCGUUUCAUGGCAUUCUAUUCGGCACCGGUGGUCAAGUUUUGGAUAGCUUUGCUUUCCUAUCUGAUGUUCCUUGCACUGUUCAGUGUGAUGCUACUCAGCCGCUGGGACACGUGUUCUCCCAAGCCAAUCGAGCUGAUGGUGCUGCUCUACAUAGCUAGCCUUGCCAGCAUUGAAGCCAGACAGAUCUCCCAGGACCCUGCCCCGUACUGGAGUGAUAAACUGGGUGCGUACUUUGGCAGUCUGUGGAACUGGCUAGAUGUGGGCAGCCUCACGCUGUACUUGGUUCACCUGCCGCUGCGCUACAGCUGCCCCAGUGAGCUGGACUGCAUGGCGGGUGUGCUCACGCAGGCGUGCAAUGCCACGCUGGCUGUUGUGGGCGACGCCAAGCACAUCUAUCCGCUUGAACUGCGGCUUGCCAGGAUCUUUUGCAGCACAUCUUGCUUGCUGUUCUUUCUGCGGCUGCUGCAGAUCUUCACGGUCAACUCAGAUCUUGGUCCAAAAAUCCACAUGAUUCUGCGGAUGAUUUUGGACGUAAUGGAGUUUGCGCUGAUUUUUCUGAUAUUUGUGGUAAGCUUUGGUGUUACCAGCCAAGCCAUGCUCUACCCUACAGAAGACCUAAGCUGGAGAACUCUCCAGGAGGUGCUCUAUCGGCCCUACUGGCAGAUCUACGGCGAGUUCUUUCUGGAGACGGUGGCAGAGGGUGGUGAAAUGUGUGGGGUGGAUGGCCAGCGUGCAUGCCCCAAGAAGGAGUUUCUGCCCAUCCUCUUCUUGGCUGUGUACGCACUCAUGAGCAACAUCUUGCUCAUUGACUUGCUGAGCGCCGUGUUCAACAACACGUAUGAAGAAGUGCAGGGCCAAGCUGUACAGAUCUGGAAGUUCAACCGCUACUCGCUCGUCAUGGAGUACCUGAGUCGCUCUCGCUGGCCACCUCCGUUUAGCGUCGUCAGCCAGAUCAUUCUCUCACUUGCGCACUGCGUGGGUGUCGGCAUAUCACUAUGGGGCGACCUCAGUGAACUGGCUGAGGUUGUGGAGGAUGCGGGUGAUGUACAGCAGCUGCAAGAGUUUGAGCACAGCGCACUGCAGAGUUUCCUCAACUCAAAGACGGAGCAGCAAGAAGAAGAGUCACAAUCGGAAGGCAAACAAGUGCAGUCAUCGGCUACCGAGCUUCUGGAAAGGAUGACACGGCUGGAGGCGACAAUACAGCAACUCUGCACUGCAAUCCAGACUCAAGACGAUGCCGGGCACGGUCCGGCCUCAGUCUCGCGACCCCGGUUAGGCCCUGCUGGCCCAGCUGCGGAUGAACUGCAUAGCCUGGCAGGAAGGCUUUGAUUGUCUCCUGAACUAGCCGGGUAUACAUGUAUUUAUACUGUGCAGUGUGCUAGUGAUAAUCAUGAACACUAGUAUUGCGAUCAUGUUGUACACAGUCUUGAUACCCCCCCCCCCCCGGCCCCAGUGCAUGUGUGUGCAUGCGAGCGCACACACACAUACACAGACAGACCGACAGACACACACACACACACACACACACACACACACACACACACACACACACAUACCCC